CCGGCCGGGGAGCGGAGCUUGAGCCGCGCCACAGCCCCGCCCGCCGCCUCAGGAAGCGCAGGGCUUUAGCGCCCUGCCCGCCGCCGCCAUGCAUUGUGGGCCGGCAGCAGCAGAGCCAAGAUGGCGGCCAGCAGGAGGCUGAUGAAGGAGCUUGAAGAAAUCCGCAAAUGUGGAAUGAAAAACUUCCGUAAUAUCCAGGUUGAUGAAGCUAAUUUAUUGACCUGGCAAGGGCUUAUUGUUCCUGACAAUCCUCCAUAUGAUAAAGGAGCCUUCAGAAUCGAAAUCAACUUCCCGGCAGAAUAUCCAUUCAAACCUCCUAAGAUUACAUUUAAAACAAAGAUCUAUCACCCUAACAUCGAUGAAAAGGGGCAGGUUUGUCUGCCAGUAAUUAGUGCUGAAAACUGGAAGCCAGCAACCAAAACUGACCAAGUAAUCCAGUCCCUCAUAGCACUGGUGAAUGAUCCACAGCCCGAGCAUCCCCUUCGGGCUGACCUAGCUGAAGAAUACUCUAAGGACCGUAAAAAAUUCUGUAAGAACGCUGAAGAGUUUACAAAGAAAUAUGGUGAAAAGCGACCAGUGGACUAAAAUCUGACACAGUUGAUGUCAGCAACGUAUGAUAGAAGAUCGGAGCAGUGCAUUUGAGACACCCCGUAAAGCAGGACUCUAUGGAAAAUUGACAAGUGCCACCUUUCGGUGUUAACUUGUGGCUGUUACUAACUUUCUACAGUUUUCUUAAUCAAAAGUGGGCUAGGUAACCUGUAAAGAAAGGAUUAAAAUUUAAGAUGUUCUAGUUCUGCUUUCUUUGUUUAAAAAUCACUGCUUCAAUAUACUUUAAAGUAUGCUGUUUUCUUUUUCUUGUCAGAAUUUAUCAAAAAUAUCUUAGACUUAUAUUCUGCCCUUAAAUUGAAAAGGUUGUGGCUGUCAUUUCUUAUUUUUCCUUGCAGUUCCCACUAUCUUGAGUUCAUUUAAUUCUUCGCUGAACUUUAUCCCCCUCCCCAAACUGAUGUCUUAGAAAAAAUAUCCCAGUUCUGGCAGAAAAUGAUUGAGUGUUUGGCAGUUUUGUUUACUUUUCUUAAAUGUUGCACUGUGCUUUGUGGGACUUGUUGCAAGUUCCCCUUCAGUUUGUAACAUAAUAAACAAAAAUCAAACAAACCUCACAAAAACAAUCACAAAUAAUGUCCAGGUCUUAUGUAAAUCUGGCUGAUGUUACCACAAAAUGUUUAUUAAACGGGCAAACUCAA